AUGGAGCGCAUCCGCAAGAUGUGGCAACAAGAGCAGGAUUAUGAGCCCAUCCAAGGAGACUCGGUGGGCGAGGAACAAGAGAGACAGGAGCUGCGCGAAUCCACGUCCUUCUCAUGGACAGAAUACUCCAUAUUUCUGCUGCUAGGUGUGGCCAUGCUAUGGGCGUGGAACAUGCUACUUGCGGCAGGCCCAUACUUCCAGAGCCGCUUCGCGUCGAGCGAUCGCCUCUUGGACAACUUCCAGGCAUCCGAGUUGGCCGUGUCAAGCAUCACAAACUUGGGCAGCAUGCUCGUCCUUAGCAAUAUGCAGGCCCGCGCUUCCUAUCCUCGGCGCAUCGUCAUGUCCCUCCUGAUCAACCUCGUCGCUUUUGCAUUGCUCGCUCUCUCGACAUGGUUUGCUCUCGGCGUCAGCCCAACUGCCUACUUCGCCUUCCUCAUCUUCAUUGUCUUCGUCACCAGUCUGGCCGCUGGCUUGUGCCAGAACGGUGUCUUUGCCUAUGUCUCUGGUUUCGGCCAACCCCAAUACACUCAGGCUAUCAUGGCUGGCCAGGGUGUUGCUGGUGUGCUUCCUUGCAUUGCUCAGAUUGUAUCGGUACUCUCAGUCACAAAUUCGCAGCCAGACGAGCCAACCAAUGAUGCGCCAGGAGGUCCUCAACCAGUCCCUGGAACAGCCGCCUUUGCAUACUUCCUUACCGCCACUGUCAUUUGUGCCUCUACUCUUGCCGCUUUCUUCUUUCUCGUUCAGAGACACAAUGCAAAGAAAGCUGCCACUCACCAAGACUUGACCUCCAGUGUUGGCAGUCUAGAGCAGCCUAAGAAAAACACAGUGCCACUUGGCUUACUCUUCCGCAAGCUGCGCUGGCUUGCAGCUGCUGUCUUUUUGACAUUCACUGUUACCAUGAUGUUCCCAGUCUAUACUCAACGCAUCUUGAGCGUCAACGCAACGCACUCGACCUCUCGCAUUUUCCAAGCCCCUUCCUUUAUUCCUCUGGCUUUCCUGUUCUGGAAUGCCGGUGAUCUGUUGGGUCGCUUGCUGCCCGCUGUGCCACGCCUCUCUCUGAUUCAUCGACCAAAGCUCAUCCUCAUACUAUCCAUCGCCCGCGUGGGUUUCAUUCCGCUGUAUCACCUCUGCAAUAUUCGUGGCCAAGGGGCUGUGAUAGAGAGCGACGUUUUCUACUUGGUCGUUGUACAGCUGCUUUUUGGCAUAUCAAAUGGCUAUUUGGGCAGCAUGUGUAUGAUGGGGGCUGCCGAGUGGGUUGAUCCAGAGGAACGUGAGGCCUCGGGUGGGUUCAUGGGCUUGUGCCUGGUGGCUGGUCUAGCGUUUGGCAGUCUGAUCAGUUUCUUUGCUGCAAAGGCGUAG